AUGCGCCUCUUAGAAGUUGUACAUCGAAGAGCUCCUCCCCGCAGUGAAGAGCUCCUCCCCACAGCCACAAACUCAUUGUGUGACAUCCCAACUGCGAAGUGGACACCUGUCAAAGGGAGCCUGCUGAAGAGAUCUCUGAACUGGGAGUUCUACUCCAGGAGGUUCCACUUGCUGCUGCAUCUGGAGGAGCUCCAGCUGAAGACAGAGAUAGAGAAAUACAACCAGGAUGAUGUGCCCAUGUUCAGACACAAAAACAACACAGACAUUCUCAUUCUGCGGGUGGUUUCAGGUGUUGCUAAGAAACCACCAUUGAGGCUGUCUGGGAACCAGGUGAUGGUGACUCCUUUAGACCAGUCAACAGCUUCUAACAAUACAUUUUACGCAGGAUGGAUCCGUCAUCUGAAUGCAGAGCAGGUCUAUCUGAAAUUUGGCGAAACGUUCCUGAGUCAUUUCAAGGAGGGCAUGAGAGUCGGUGUUAGCUUCACUAUCAACCGUAUGCCCCUGUAUAUGCAGCACAGAGCAGUAGCACAGGCAUGCAAGCAGAAACUGCAGGAGGUGCUGUUCCCUACUGGACAACUUUCUUCCCAUCAUUCACAUCUACACAGGCUGUUAGAGCUUCAGAGCAACCCGGAGCAGUGCCUGGCCAUUCAACACAUUGUAGCUGCUACUGCGAAACCUGCCCCUUACCUGGUAUUUGGUCCACCUGGCACAGGCAAAACCGUGACCUUGGUGGAAGCCAUCAAGCAGAUAGUAAAAACCCAGGCCUCAUGCACCAUCCUGGCAUGCGCUCCCUCCAACAGUGCAACUGAUCACCUCUGUAAGAAGAUUCUGGAAGGAAAGAUUGGCAAGAGCAAGUUGUUUCGCUUGUACGCCCUCAGCUGGCCUGUGCAAAAUAUUCCCAAAAAUAUAAAGUUUUGCUGCAACCUGAACCAGGACACAAACACACUUUUCAUUCCACCAAAAGAGGAGCUGAUGAAGUAUAAGAUCAUGGUCACCACCCUGCUGACUGCUGGAAGGCUUGUGACAGCAAAGAUUCCUCCAGGUCAUUACACUUACAUCUUUGUGGAUGAGGCAGGCCAGGCUACAGAAACAGAGUGUAUCAUCCCUAUAGCAGGUUUACUGAACCCACAGAUAUGUCAGGUAGUGCUGGCUGGAGACCCUAAGCAGUUAGGCCCCAUCGUCACAUCCAGAAUGGCAGUGAAACAUGGCUUGGGCGUGUCCUUGUUGGAGCGUCUGAUGAGGGACAUCGACCUGUAUAAGUCACAUGAGAUACACGGGUUCAACCACCGCUUUGUCACCAAAUUAUUGAGGAACUACAGGUCCCAUCCUGCAAUUCUGAAAAUUCCCAAUGAGCUCUUUUAUGAAGGAGAACUUCAGCCAUAUGCUCAUAAAGAAAAAUGCAGUCCAUACCGCAAAUGGGAACGAAUGCCCAAGAAAGAUUUCCCUUUGAUCUUCCAUGGAGUGGCAGGUAUUAAUGAGCGUGAUGCCAACAGUCCUUCUGUUUACAACAUAGCAGAGGUGGAGGUGUUGAAGGAAUACUUAAAAUCCCUCAUUGACCAUCUUCACAAAAAGGGUGUGACCAAAAUUGAACCAGGAGAAAUUGGCAUCAUUGCCCCAUACAGGAAACAAGUGGAGAAGAUCCAGAAUGCCCUUCGGACAGACAAAGGUCUCAGGAAGGAAAACUUGGAAAACAUACUGGUUGGUACUGUAGAGCAGUUUCAGGGCAAAGAGUUCAAUGUGAUUCUGGUGUCUACAGUGCGCAGCAAUCCCACACUGACCGCGUGCGACCAACGAUUCACUCUGGGCUUUGUUACUGACGAGAAGAGGUUCAAUGUGGCAAUGACCCGAGCCCAGGCACUACUGAUUGUGGUGGGAGACCCAAGAGUCUUGAUAACCAACCGUGUCUGGAACAAGUUUAUCCAUUACUGUUACAAAGAAGGGGCCUACCGUGGCAUUACAGUCUCUGAUGCAGAGGUAGAGGACGAUGGACAGACUACUGAACUCUCACAGACCGUCCGGUAA